AUGCGGCUCAUAAACGUUGAGAACCUAAAGCUGGAAACCUUCAUCGGCGGCCAUAUCCCACCGUAUGCUAUCCUGUCGCACCGAUGGGGAAAUGACAAUGAGGAGGUAUCCUUCAAGGAUAUGACGAGAGGCACUGCAAACAAGGUUGGAAUGACAAAAGUGAAAGGCUGCUGUCGACAGGCCAAGAAAGACAACCUCAAAUAUGCUUGGAUCGACACCUGCUGCAUUGACAAGGAGAGUUCCAAGGAGCUAGACGAGGCUAUCAAUUCCAUGUUUCAGUGGUAUCGAAGAGCCGCCAUAUGUUACACAUACAUGGCUGAUGUUCCUCAUGAACAGGAUAUCUGGGAAUCGACAUCCAGAUUCUCCACAAGCUCAUGGUUCACGAGAGGGUGGACGUUACAGGAGCUCCUUGCUCCUGCAGAAAUACACUUCUUCGAUGAGACUUGGAGCCUUAUUGGUACGAAGGAAGAACUGGCGAGUGAAAUUGAGGAUAUCACGGGGAUCUCCCGCAAAUUUCUGCUCGGCUGGGUCGACUUUCAUCAGGCGAGUGUUGCACAGCGUAUGUCCUGGGCGUCAAAGAGGACGACGAAGAGGGAUGAAGAUAUCGCUUACUGUCUCUUGGGAAUCUUCAACGUUACUAUGCCCAUGAUUUAUGGGGAGGGCCGGAAAGCCUUUGAGAGGUUACAGCUUAAGAUCAUGGAACAGACAACCGACGAUUCAAUUCUAGCAUGGGGAGUAAAGGUCCAAGGUAUGGAGUUUGAAUCUCAGACUGGUCCGAGAGAAGAUAAUACGUCCGCCGGAAUCUUUGCAACGUCCCCAAUGGACUUCGCCAAAUGUGGCCGUAUCGUCCCAAAGGCGCUCGACCCUACUUGUAUCACGACAUUCGCUGUUUCCGGAGGAUACAUCCGCACUUCGCUCAAGUUACAGAGUACAAAAAGCGGAGUAGCAUAUGGCCAACUCAACUGUGGCCUCGAAAACACGACAGAAGGCAACAUAGCUAUCCCGCUGCGCUGCACAACGCCUUCAUUUUCGACAGUCAGGGAGUAUAUCCGACCGAUUGGAUAUGGUCCUAUUCUUCUCUCCGGGGUACGGGGCGACUGUCACGAAGUCCAUGAAGUCCGCAUCCGCGUGGAUCGCCAGGCUCGACCAGCAGAAAUGACAGGGAAACCAAUCUGGCUUCAUAUAGAUGGCCAUCAGAAGCUUAAAUUACAUCUCGCGGAAGUUUGGCCACCACUUGAGUGGGACCGGGGCCGUGCUUUGGUCAUGAACUUGCACGAUUCAAAUCAGACUGUCAAACAGAGAUACCUCGCCCGCUUUACUACCAAAGCAAAGAAAAGCCGUGAUAUUAUUGUCGUAUUGGAUUUCAACCUCCAUGCGCAGUAUUCUCGUGCGACCUGCUUUGCAAUAGCAGCGCCUGAAAAGCCAGACCUGGCUAAGAUAGCCAGAGGUCUGGAGUACAUGCAAUCCCAGCACUUGCGUGAUAAUGUCAUAUACAAUGGAAAUGACAUUAUAGAGGUCUCUGUGCAAAGCGAAGAUAUCUCGCAAGGAUCAAUCUUCCUACUGAGACUAGCCAGGAGUAUCUGGGGGCCAGUACCUAAUGAAGACAUGUCCCAGCGUAUCCUCAAGGCGAUCGAAAUGGACAUGUUGAUUUCAUCCCUUCGCGAAGGUGACUAUAUAGAAGAAACCAUUGACAACGCGAUUGAAGAGCAGACUGCGGCUAUCAGCGAACUCAUGUCGUUGAAAGGCGAACUGGACAAGGUAGUGGAAAAGGAGAGACAACUCGCAGUGGAGAGAGGAGGGAUCGAAGCCAAAAUCAAGUUGAUGGAGGUGAAAAUGAGCGAAUAUGAUACGAUAAUAUCAGAAAAGAAAGACAGGCUGGUUGAGCUGGAAGAAAAGUCAGGAAAGAUUAUUCUAAAUAUCGAGAAAAUCGAUGGGGUCAAGGAUCCAAUAAGUUGGGCCGAAACUAUGAUACAGAGCCAAUUGGACAAGCAAAAAGCAGCCCAAAACACAGAUACCCCGGUUUCUACGGGCCCAAGCAACGUUCGAACGACAAGUCUGGUUAAUGGCCAGCAAAGCAUGGGUGGCUUCAUUCCCCUACUCUGGGCUGCCGCCAACGGAAAAAACGCGAUUUUGCAACUUCUCAUUGGAAAAGGUGCAGACUUGGAAGUGAGAAACCCGGAUAACUCAUACACGGCUCUUAUGUAUGCAGCAGUGUACGGACGGGUCUCCGCCGCAAAGUACUUACUCGAUAGCGGCGCGAUGUUAGAAGCCCAAGACAAGUAUACAUACACCCCCUUGGCGAUGGCAGCUUCGGUAGGGCACGAAGCGAUAGCGUCGCUGCUUCUUGAGAAGGGGGCCGAUAUUGAAGCACGAACUUCCGAUGGGAGUACGCCCCUCUCCAUUGCAGCUAGAAAAGGAAAGGAUGGCGUUGUCAAAGUGCUACUGGAAAAAGGAGCUAAUGUAGAGGCGGAGAACCAAGCUGGAGACUCGCCCCUGUUACGAGCCUGUAACUAUGGUCAUAUGGAUGUGAUCCAGCAGCUGAUCGAUGCAGGAGCCGAUAUUCACACAAAGACUUACGAUGGGAGUACGCCACUUUCAGCUGCUGCUAGAAAAGGGAGGGAGGGUCUUGUCAAGCUACUGCUGGAGAAAGGGGCCGAUAUAGACGUCAAGGAUCAUAAUGGAGACACGCCAUUAUCACGAGCAUGUCUCUAUGACCACAUGGGUAUCGUAAAGAUGCUGAUUGAUCAGGGAGCGACCGUUGGUGGGAGGAACAAGCAAGGCAAUACGCCUCUGAAACUGGCAGAGCAGAACGCAAAAAGUGGGAUUGUCAAAUUGCUCCGGAAACAUCUGGCGACGAAAGGGUGA